UUACAUCGCGGUUCCAACGUUACAGGAUUCGCAUGAACAAAGAGCCGAGAGUAAAAUCAUGCGCUUCACGUUGGCAAUGCUGGCAGUAUUAGCGAGCUUCAGUGAGAUCAGCACCAGGCGCUCCUUCUUCGCGCGGGCUCUGCGUCCUGUUCGACGUACGCCACUGAAUCCUCUGCAGAGGGCCCGACUAAGCCUGAGGCGAGCGUACGGCGGUUACGGUACUGGCCUCAGCUACGUUCCUGGCACCACUUACGGCGUGGGUGCACACGGAAUCUACCCCACCGGUGGUGGCGGUGGCUAUGGCUACGUCGACGGCUUGGGCUACAACCGCUUCGGCUAUCCCGGUGGACCGAGCCACAAUGUGUUGCAGUUCGCGAACGUGGCGCCCCCCGGUCCUACUAACAGGUUCGACUUCACCCAGAGGUCCAUCGCAGGUUUCUUCAACACAAAUGACCCGGCAAGGCCAUUUGGCGUUAACUUCAACACGCUGAGAGUGAGUGGCUGAAAGCGCCAGCGAGCCGAGUCGAUCGUCCCUUCUCAUUCUCCGUUAUCAAACACGACCUCGGCCUGGUUCAACAAGAGGUACCGUCC